CCUCAGAGCGUUUCGGACGUCUGUAAUAUGAUUCGCUCGUUAGUGCUAACGCUUGUGUCACGCAUUCCACUAAUAUAUGCGUCCGCGUUGGUAGUCGUGUACGUGUAGUUGCAGAACUUUGGAUGAAUAAAGGAAUUAGCAUUUUGUAGUGGUUCAAAUUAUCUUCGAUCAGAGUUGUCUUGACGGGAGGUCUCUCUAAAGUGACUCUACUUGGCCACUCAAAAUAACUCCCAAACAAUAGCCACACUACAUUGAUGGCAUCCAUCGUUCAAGAAACAACCCAGGUUGUGGUGGACGGUGCUGAGACAGAAGCAGAUGGUUACUCGUACAAGAUUGACCUCUACACUGGCGACGCCUUUGGAGCUGGGACCGAUGCAAACGUUCUUUUGACAAUAUAUGGAGAAGAUGGCGAUUCUGGACAACGGGUUCUUGAUAACUCUGGAAAUAACUUCGAACGAGACUCAAAAGACCAUUUCAAGAUCGUUAAUAAAACCUAUCUGGGUCGGAUUAAAAAGAUCACUAUUGGCCACGAUAGCGCAGGGGCUGCACCAGGAUGGUUCUUGAAUAAGGUAACAGUGGAAGACAUCAAGAGCCGUGAGGUGUUUGAGUUCCCGUGUGAACGCUGGCUUUCUACAGACGAGGAUGACGGGCUAACAUCACGUGAACUGACAUGGACCAAUAUGACGGUCAAGGAGAAGGAAGAGGGCGAGACUUAUCAAUACACCAUCAACAUCUACACUGGAAACGAGUGGGGGGCUGGGACCGAUGCUAACGUCCAUGUUACCAUAUAUGGUACUAAGGGCGAGUCCGGGGAACAGAAGUUCGAAAACAAAGGAAAUGAAACAUUUGAAGGUGGAAUGAAGAACACAUAUAAGAUUGAGACUAGUGAACCCUUGGGAACACUUUACAAGGUUCGUGUUGGUCACGACAACACAGGCUGGGGACCAGGAUGGUUCCUGGACAAGAUCGAAGCAGAGGAUGACAGCACCGGAGAAGUCGUUGGGUUCGCUUGUGGCAAAUGGUUGGCUACAGACUGUGAAGAUGGUCUGAUAAGACGUGAUCUGAUGAGAGAAGGAUACGUUGAAGAAGUUGAUUCCCCUCAUGAAAAUGUUACCUAUACAGUAAAUAUCCUGACUGGAAAUGAGUGGGGAGCUGGUACCGACUCUAAUAUCUAUUUUACCUUAUAUGGAUCUGCUGGGGAGUCUGAACAACAGACAAUUGAAAACGAGGGCUCGACUACCUUUGAAUGUGGAAUGACAGACACGUACAAGUUUGACUGUCCAUAUCUGGGUACGCUGACCAAGAUUCGUAUCGGCCAUGAUAACACUGGAUGGGGGCCAGCCUGGUACCUCGACAAGGUGACCGUUGAGGAUUCGAAGAACGAAGAAAGUGUUGUGUUUCCAUGUAGCCGAUGGCUUGCAACCAAUGCUGAUGAUGGCAUGAUAGAAAGAGAACUGAUGAGAGAAGGAAUGUUUGGAGACAACAUUAUCAUAGAAGGCUUGACUGAAGGUUUGAAGGGCGAACCUUUGGGAAUGGAAUCCAGUGAAAUCAAGGAUGAAAACAUCACCGCCUCGUCCUUCGCUGAGAACACUCCACCCUCUAGUGCAAGGCUCAACAACACUGCGGGUUGGUGUGCAAAGGAGGCGGAGGGUAGCUGGUUACAAGUGGACUUGGAGGACCUUCAUUGUGUCACUUCUAUAGCAACACAAGGGAACCCAGGUGGUAAUCAGGAUUAUGUGAAGAAAUACAAAAUASAGUACUCACAGGAUGGGGACAAGUGGACAACUCAUGAGGAGAAUGGUAACCAGAUAUUCGAUGCUAACGUGGACAACACCAGCGUCAAGACCAAUGACCUUCAGAAAGUCAUCGUAGCGAGGUACAUUCGUAUCUGUCCAGUGGAAUGGUACUGUUGGCCCUGUCUCAGGAUAGAGGUGUAUGGCGCUCCUCUCAAAGAAGGAGGUACUGAAGUUAAAACAGUCUCAUACGUUACUGAACAAGUGGUUGUAACAACUGACGAUAAAGUAGAAAGUGUUCCCGAGGAUAAAGAAGAACAGCACAAAGCAGAAGAUGCAGUGAAGUUCAUUUUGAGCCAGACAGGCGACAAGAGAAAAGACAUCGAAGAACAGAAGAAACAAAUCGAUGACGAGAUGAAGAAGCUCGAAGAAGAACGUAAAGAAAGAGAAAAAAGCAAAGAGGAAGAAAGGAAACGAAUGGAAGAAGAAGAGGCAAGAAAAGAAGAAGAAGAACAGAAGAAAAGAGAAGAAGAAGAGAAGAGAAAGGAGCUUGAAGAAGAAGAAAGGAGAAAAAAGGUUGAGCUUGAAGUGAAGAAGAUCGAAGAAGAACACCAGCAGAGGCUUGACGAUCUUGAGAAGAAGAUGAAAGAGGAUGAAGAUAAGAAAAAAGCGGAAAUUGAGGAAAGGAAGAAAAUGGAUGAAGAAGAGUUAAAACGAGUAGACGAUGAAAUAAAGAAAGAUGAGGAGAUGAUCAAGCAGCACGAAGAAACUAGGGCAAGAUAUGAAGAGAAAUUAAAAGAAUUGCAGUCAGCAGGAAUCAUAAAAACUGAAACGAAGACAGAUACCAUCCCAGGGGACGAUGAUGGUGUAGAAACAGUUACUAUCACUCGACAGAUUAUAGUGGAAUCAAGCGUAGAUGAUGACAAGAAAGACGAAGGUGACGAAGAACUAAAUUUGAAGAGAAAAAAGGAAGAGAAAGAACAAGAAAGAGAAGAAAAACUAAGAAGGAUGAGGGAAGAAGAAGAUAAACGACAACAAGAAGAGAAGGAUUUCAAUGCAAUAAUGCUCCAAAUGAGAAUCAAAGCUGAAGGAGAUGAUGCUGCAAAAAAAGAAAAGGAAGAAGAAGAGGAAAGGAAGAAAAAAGAAGAAGCAAGGAAGAUCAAAGAGAGAGAAGAGAAGCAGCGACAGGAAGGCGCAGAAGAAAAGAAGAAAAAAGAAGAAGAGAAGGCAAAACGACGAGCAGAGAGGGAGAAAAAGAGAAUCCUUCUCGAGACAAAAAAGGUUUCUUCUACUGAUUCCCUGUCUUCCCUGUCCUCCCUCUCCUCGACAUCUUCAUUGUCAUCAUCUGAUGAAGAAGAAGACGAUCAACUGGCGUCGAAGGUCGAAACAAAGGGCUUCAGAGCACCUAUUGCAUCGGUGGAUGAAUAUAAUGACGAUGUUACCAAAGUAGUAACAUAUCGCACCCAAACCACCACAACCACUCGCAUUGUGAGCUGGCCUGGGACACACUUCUUUAAGCCGAUAGAGCCUGAUGCGAGACAACAGACUCUGCCCGAGGACGUUGGGUUGUUGUUUGGUAUUGAGAAUAUCAAUUAUCAUCCUGCUAUGGCCUGCUGUGAUCAUUUGAARGCUAUUGAUCCUGUUGUCAAAACAGCUCAAGAAAUCAGUUUCGAAGAGAAGCUUAGUGACAACAAAGGACCUCUCCCUUCAUGGAUCGAUAAAGAAACACCUCUACAGCUGUAUACACCCAUCAACGCCAUAGGUGAUGAGGACAUUGACAAGCUGGUAGAAUGGGAGAAGGCGGGUACCAAAGGGUGGAAGAGGACUAAGAAAACACGUGUCUUUGAGAUAUGGACGCGAAAGGCCUACGAGGGAGGUCCUCCAAUCACCAAGGCCAUCAUAACACUCGAUGACAUCCCGUACAGUGAUGCUGUUGAAAUAAUUAGUGACUGGGACUCCAGGCUAGAGUGGGACAAGACGUUCGAUAAAGUUACAGUAUUAGAAACAAUUGAUACAUCAAGACUCGUCUAUUGUCCUGUCAAGAAGAGAGAGCUUUUCUUGGCCAUUCAAGACAGACUAGAAGAACAGUACUACGCGUCCGCCUGGAAAAACACAGCACAUCCAAAAAUCGACAACAACAAAAACAAAAAACUCAAGCUUUAUUACCUAGUUUCUGGUCUAGUGAUUCGUCCAAUCAGUAGCGGUGGUUCCCAGAUCACCCUGCUCUGCCAGGUCAAAGGCUCGGUUCCUUCACAAGUCAAGAGUACAUUCUUGGCAGCCAACCCAGCCAAAUGGAUCGACGCUCUCAAAAAACACUACGAUAGCAGGAUUAAGGAAAAUUCUGCGAAAGAAGAGUAGGCUUUUUGGACUUGGUUUUAGUGAUCUUUUCUAUCGUUAGGGCCUUGGUUUUAGGGUAUUAAAUAGGAUCCCCAGACACAAGUCUGAUUAGCAAACGUUUAACACACGUUCAACAGCAGCAGAAUCAAAAGGAAAUGUUAAUUCUUUACUUAUUGUAGCAACAAGUCAUUUUAAUAACUUACUAGAUUGUGAAACCACACUACACUACACUCGCUCACUACACGACACGACACGACACGACACGACACGACACGACACUGCACCACACCACACCACGCCGCACCACGCCACGUCACACCACACCACACCACACCACACCACACCACGCCACGCCACACCACACCACGCCACGCCCGGAGCUAAAAGCAAGUUUCAGUGUCUUAAAGUUCGUAAAUUGGCAAAUAGGUCGAGAGAAGAACUUUAUACGAGUCGAGCGAAGCGCCCAGAGGCUGCUUCGUGGUUCGAUCUGUGAGUUACCCAUACCCUGACUUAGAUUAGCCCAGAGGUGGUUUAACGGUUCGAUCUGUGAGUUAGGUUAUAGUCGUGCCAUGUUUUAAAUCAGCUCAGUGGGUUCGAUAUAAUUUAGAAGGUUUUGAAUUUAGUGUUUCGAUUCUGUUCUUUAUAAUGUUAAAACCCACUGAAACUAUUAUUACUUGUGUGGGAGUUUUAUACCAUGCAUAUAAACCUAUUACUUCAAAAAUGAUUUUUGGAGCUAAAGAAGAUAGAACGAAAUUAUGGGUAAACAUCUAAACAUGAACAAUCGAGGUGCUUACUCUCUACUUGCAAUACUGAGGUUUUGCACCAUCACGUGACGGCAGAAGGUCAGAUGACAGGAACAAUAAUAUCGUUUUACAUGAGAGACAAUUCAAUUCCCGAGAUCAAAGGGAUUUUAUUGAUGGUUUUCAACCAUUCCAAAGAGAAUUAAAUAACAAAAGACACGGCGGCUAUGUUGGAGGACAUAAAAAAAGAAUUCAUUGACAAUUCUUUUGUUAAGUUCCUCCAACAUGGCCGACGUGAAAACCAUCAAUAAUUAUACCAUCAAACUACUGGCAGCACAAGCUGUAUUAUGGGCGUGGGCACGCGAUGGUGCAAAACGUCUAUGUUUCAACACUAACCUCGGUGUUCUUGACAAGAAUAAUAAGAAUACGUCAUUUUAGAUAUUCCUGAAGCCGCUGGAAUUGCUUAUCGUCUAUUGUUGGCUCCGUCAGCAUUUCUUUUAAAUACGUGUAUAACUAUCAAGUUAUUAAUACAGUUGUUAAUCAUUCUUUAACUUUUUAUAUGAGUAUAAAACUGAUUCAGUGAUAAUAUCACUUUUA